UGUUAUGUGAGGUGAUCUGGCAACCCGUGUCAAAAUGAAACCAGGACAUUAUCUGUUUAGCUUUCUGAUUAGCUUAGCUUGUUCGUUUAAAACUGUCUCGUCAGCUGAUCUGAACUCCGUGUGAGGAUAAAUAUCCAAGCGAUUUAAAUAGAAUAAAUAUUUAACACGUCCGCUACUUAAAGUGAAGUCUAACUGUUAGCAUAUCGGCUCACAGGCUAACAACAUACGCAACUCAAGCGAAGCAUUAACAGCUCCUGAUGACCUCUGACCCCUGCAUUCUCUGGUGUGAGACCAUGAUCAGUGUUACGCUGUGAAGCCAUGAGUCAGAGGAACAUCGCUGCAGACUUACUGAACAGACGAAUCCAGGAGAACAGGGCUCUGAGUUUUCAGAGACACUACCAUGUGACUGACCCGUUUAUAAAACGGCUCGGCCUGGAGGCGGAGCUACAGGGUCACACAGGGUGUGUGAAUUGUCUGGAAUGGAACGAGAAAGGAGAUGUGUUGGCGUCAGGUUCUGAUGAUCAGCACGUGAUGGUGUGGGAUCCUCUCAGACACAGGAGGUUGAUGAGCAUGCACACGGGUCACGCUGCUAACAUCUUCUCCGUCAAGUUCCUGCCGCACUCCGGAGAUCGGAUCCUGGUGACCGGAGCUGCAGAUACGAAGGUUCACGUUCACGACAUAUCUGUGAAGGAGACGAUCCACAUGUUCUCCGAUCACACUAACCGAGUGAAGCGCAUCGCCACCGCCCCCAUGUGGCCAAACACCUUCUGGAGCGCAGCCGAGGAUGGGGUCAUCAGGCAGUAUGAUCUGAGAGAGAGCAGUAAAUGCUCGGACGUGUUAAUAGAUCUGACGGAAUACUGCGGUCAGCUGGUGGAGGCCAAAUGUCUGGCUGUGAACCCGCGGGAUAAUAACUACCUCGCUGUGGGAGCUAACGGCCCGUUCGUACGCCUCUACGACAUCCGCAUGAUCCACAACCACAGGAAGUCUCUGAGUCAGAGUGCAGGAGUUCACACGUUCUGUGAUAAACAGAAGCCCAUCCCUGAUGGAGCGGGACAGUACUAUGUCGCAGGUCACCUCCCAGUGAAACUGCCAGAUUAUAAUAACAGGUUGCGUGUGUUGGUGGCCACCUACGUGACCUUCAGUCCUGACGGGACGGAGCUGCUGGUGAAUAUGGGUGGAGAGCAGGUGUAUCUGUUUGAUCUGACGUUUAAACAGAGACCGUACACCUUCCUGCUGCCCAAGAAGUGCCAUUCCUCAUCAGAGGUACAGAACGGGAAAACCACAAACGGGGUGUCUAACGGACUCCAUCUUCCUGCCAGCUGUCUCAAACUCACUAAUAAUAAAAAACCCUGCAGUGAGCUGCCCCCACACCUGGAGCACAUUAAGCAGCAGGCUAACGAUGCGUUUGCGCGUCAGCAGUGGACUCAGGCCAUCCAGCUGUACAGUCUGGGGAUUCACACAGCGGGACAGAGCAACGCCAUGCUGUACGGGAACCGAGCCGCCGCCUACAUGAAGCGCAAAUGGGACGGGGAUCAUUACGACGCUCUGCGCGACUGUCUGAAGGCUCUGUCUCUAAACCCGGCUCACCUGAAGGCUCACUUCCGUCUGGCACGCUGUCUGUUCGAGCUGAAAUACGUAGCCGAGGCUCUCGAGUGUCUGGACGACUUCAAAGGGAAAUUUCCAGAACAGGCUCACAGCAGCGCCUGCAGCGCCCUCGACAAGGACAUCAAAGCCGCUCUUUUCUCCAAAAACGACUCCGCAGACGAGAAGAAAGGGAGCAGCUCGAUCCGCUUCCACAACUUCAGCCGGAAAGAGUCGAUCCCCGAGGACGAGAUCAUCCUGAGAGAGCGCAGCUUCGACUACAAACACCGAUACUGCGGCCACUGCAACACCACCACCGACAUCAAGGAGGCCAACUUCUUCGGCAGUAAAGCACAGUACAUAGUGAGUGGAUCAGACGAUGGCUCAUUCUUCAUCUGGGAGAAGGAGACCACGAACCUGGUGCGAGUGCUGCAGGGUGACGAGUCCAUAGUGAACUGCCUCCAGCCGCAUCCCAGCUACUGUUUCCUAGCAACCAGCGGCAUCGACCCUGUGGUGCGGCUCUGGAGCCCCCGACCCGAGACGGACAGUGAGAACGGUCGUGUGGUGGAGGAUAUGGACGGAGCGUCUCAGGCCAAUCAGAGGAGGAUGAACGCUGAUCCUCUGGAGGUGAUGCUGCUCAACAUGGGCUAUCGCAUCACGGGGCUGAGCGGCAGCCAUGACGCCUCCGACGAGGACGAGGACAACACAGAGGGUCAGGUGCAGUGCCGCACCAGCUAGAGCGAGCGAGCGAGCGAGUGUGUGUGUGUGUGUGUGUGUGUGUGUGUGUGUGUGUGUGUGUGUGUGUGUGUGUCCUCCACUUGUGGAUCUGCACACGCCCCCUUGGAGAGGAAAAGAAUGGAGAAUAGGGCACGUGAUCGCCAUGAGUGGGCGGAGCUCCAGACUGAUUGUUGAUAAUAAACUCAUUGUUUUCUCGUACAGUUGUGGGACUGUGUGUAGCUUUCUUCAGUUUGUCCCACCCUGAUGUCACUUCCUGUUCCUGCAGCUGAGACCCCGCCCACCGCUCGGCCGUGUCUGUGUGUCAGACAGAAGCACUUUGUUUAAAUGGAGGACGUUUUGGGAUUAACAAUGUUUUAUUUUUCUCUGAGCUUCUGUUGUCUAUCGUCACCUGUUGUAGUGUUUCAGGAUCAAAGGAGCAUUUCAGUGUUGUUAACUUCUCGGCUGAGACGUGUUCGUUUCUGUGAGGCUAAUGUAAGGUGUAACGGAAGUGUAUGGCCUCCAGUUUAGCAUGGUGCAGAAAAUAAAUCACGUCGAGGGAAACGGUCGCAGUGAGAACACCUUCUUCCUCAGCACAGAGUUUGGGGUCAGACUCAGGUAGGGGGUGUGGUCAAAAUCUGAAGGCGGAGUUUAUAUAUUAGAAAAGGAGUCUGAUGAUAAAGUGUACAUUUAAGUUGUUUAUUAAAUUCGUUCUGUUAUUUUAGGAAGCUUUAUGUACUAAGUGGUGGAUGUGGGAGGAGUUAGACACGCCCCUUUUAGAGCACUGUGCUAAACUGGUAGCUAUACACUUCUGUUAUUUGUUAGCUACAUUAGCACCAAUGCUAAAACUGCAGAACACCACGUCUCAGCCAGUUAAAGGAUUAAAGAGAUGUUUAAUUUCAAACACACACACACACACACACACACACACAUUACUGAAACAGCAGCAUUAAUAUUAAUGCAUUUAUUCAGGAUGUGUGUGUGUGUGUGUGUGUGUUUGCACAGAGACAGUUCUGCAGCAGCUCAUCCUUUAACACUACCCUGCAGUGUGUAUUUAUUUGCUCAAGGCUUUUUCUCCUUGUUUCUUCCUGUUUAUUUUUCUUUGGGAAUUUCAGUAACGCCGUUUUUCUGCCGGAAUAAAGAGAAUAAAAGAGGAAUAAAAUGUUUAGACCUCA